AAAAACUCCAUUGAAAAAGUCCACUUGACGACAAAGUCCCCCUUACGGUUCUUCUUGUAGUAUAUAUACAUCUUUCCACUCCCUCUUCUCUACUCAAAUCAAAUCCUUCAAUCAUCUUCUUCUUCUUCUUCUUUAAUUAAGCUUUUUAAUAUUACUAAAUUACCUGAAACCAAUGGCCACUCCUAACGAAGUAUCUGCACUUUGGUUCAUCGAGAAACACCUACUCGACGAGAUCUCUCCCGUGGCUCAACACGAACCAGCACCAUCCAAAUCUUGCUCCGACUCUUCUUCUUCUUCUUCUUCUUCUUCUUCUAUGUUCUUCCCUGAAUGCAAACCCGAAGAAAUCAUCGAUCUCGAUUUUCUAUUCGACGACUCCUCCCAAGUCUCUGUUUCCGAUUUCGAUUUUAAACCGUCAGACCGAACUCAAUUAGAACCGGAGCUACGAAAACCGCCGUUGAAGAUCUCGCUUCCAGCUAAAACCGAGUGGUUCCAGUUCGUCGCCGAGGAUCCUAAACCGGAAGUUACUGAACCGGAGGAGGUUACCGAAGAAGAGAAGAAACAUUACAGAGGAGUGAGACAAAGACCGUGGGGAAAAUUCGCGGCGGAGAUUAGAGACCCGAACAAACGCGGUUCUCGCGUUUGGCUCGGAACGUUCGAUACAGCGAUUCAAGCGGCUAGAGCUUACGACGAAGCGGCGUUUAGACUACGAGGUUCGAAAGCCAUUUUGAACUUCCCUCUCGAGGUUGGGAAGUGGAAACUACCACGCGCCGCCGACGAAGCUGAGAAGAAACGCAAGAGAGACAUCGAUGAGACGACGACUGUGGUCGAGAAAGUGCUGAAGACGGAACAGAGCGUUGACGGUGACGGUGGAGAGACGUUUCCGUUAUGCAGCGACUGGGACUUGACGGGGUUUCUUAACUUUCCGCUACUGUCGCCGUUAUCUCCUCACCCAUCGUUUGGUUAUUCACAAUUGACCGUUGUUUGAUUUUUUUUUUUGGCGAUGUGUAUGCUGACGUGUACCAUAAGUACACGUAGGUGCAUGCGAUAAACAUGAAAAUAAAAUACAAAAAUUCAAUUUGUUCGUAUCUAUGCUUAAUUCUUCUAUAUGUUCAUUCUUU